UUGAAUUACGCUCGUCGAGUGUCAAACAAGCGUUCUAUUUGUAUCAAUGCAUUACUCCACAAAUUCAUUCCUAGUCGACUUUUGGCUCGAAGUCGAUAAAUAAUUGCGAAAUUAUCGAUCUUGUUUGAAAAAGAAACGUGCAAUGGAGAAGUGCGAAAAACCAUUGAAGGAGUCAGGGAAGUUGCGACAGCUCCUUGCCACGAUAAUCAUAAAUCAGUUGGGGUUGUCUUACGGAAUCGUAAUCGGAUGGGCGUCACCGUCAGCGCAACUAUUGCAAAGUCCUUCGUCGCCCGUGGGAAAUGAGCCCAUGACAGAUGAUGACGUUUCCUGGUUGACUGGCACUUUGUGCCUAAGCGGCACUAUCACGGCUGUGCUAACGUCGGUGGUACCAGACAAGUUUAGUCGGAAGAGAUUGGGCUACGUAUUAGCCGUGCCAAUAAUUAUCGCCUGGAUACUGAUCAUGCUUGCUACCGAGCACACGUCCAUCUAUGUGUCGAGAACUCUGAGUGGCAUUGCUGGCGCCGUCACGUUCUUCGUCGUACCAAACUAUGUGUCGGAAAUUUCGUGCGAUAGUAUCCGUGGCAUGUUGGCAAGUAUGCUGAUAUUUUCCGUGAAUACCGGGAUACUAGUGGCUUACAUCCUGGGUGGCGUAAUGUCUUUCCGUGCCUUCCCCGUGAUUGUCAUAGCGUUAGUUCUUUUGUAUUUCAUUACUUUCAUCUUCAUGCCGGAGUCGCCGUUCUAUCUGGUGCGUCAAAAUCGUAUGCACGAGGCGAUUAGAGCCUUGAAGUGGUUAAAAGCUGGAAAUAAUCUGGAGGCAGAACGUACGCUGUCGCAUAUACAGAUGCAAAUCAAGGAGACCGCAUCCAUAAAGUCUGCCAAGUUUUCAGAUUUAGUUAAAGAUAAAGCAACGAUCAAAGGACUCAUUAUUGUCGUGGGUCUGUACAUUGGUCAACAACUUUGUGGCAUUUUUGCGAUGCUCAGCAACACGGAAAUGAUCUUCAAAAUGUCAGGCAGUUCGUUAUCACCGAAUAUGUCAUCUAUCAUUGUAGCAGCUAUACAGCUCUUCGGAUCAUGGUUAGCGACAUUGUUGGUGGAGCGUGCUGGCAGACGGCCCUUGAUUCUCCUAUCCUGUGUGGGAAUGUGUGUGUGUCACUGCACGAUAGGCACAUUUUAUUAUCUUCAAAACUUCCAAUAUGAAGUGUCCGCUUAUUCUUGGAUACCGGUGGUAGCAUUGUCUGCUUUUAUGAUAUUAUUUGCCUUGGGAAUGGGCAAUGGACCCAUUGUGGUGAUGUCUGAGAUAUUCAGCCGUGACGUAACCAGUCUGGCUUCGGCUAUAAGUAUCUCUGUAAGUUGGGCAUCUGCAUUCGUUAUGACAAAAAGCUUCACGAAUCUCAUUGCCUUGUUGGGCUUGCAUGGUUGUUUCUUUCUCCUCGCCACUUUUUGCGUAUGCAAUUUUCUGUUUUGCUUCAUAUUGCUACCGGAGACCAAAGGAAGGUUACGCGAAGAUAUUGUAGAUGAACUCAAUGGUGUGCGAUGUACAAAUAAGAACGACAUCAAACAUAUUAUUGGAUCGGAUUCGGUUCAUGCGGCGCACGUGUGAAAAUGCUGUUUACGUCUGGAUCUGAAAACUAAUAACGCUACAGCAAAGAAAUGUGUAAAGUGUCUUCAUCACUUAAUGUUGUACAUAACUGUG